AUGGCUGUGCCUGACCUCCCUACUCCGGGCGCGGGCAGUGCCGCCCUCAACAAUGGCAGCACCGCCCCAGAUGCCUCGGAACACACGCCUCUCAUCCCACGCUCGCCGAGCCCACCUCUACAACGGCGGACUGUCGUCCAAGACCGUGACGAAGAUGAUGCUGUCCAGCAUUAUGUCACGCCCACACGCGCCGCAUGCAUCUGCUUCAGCAUGUGGGUGCUGAUGUUCAUGCAGGCAUGCAACAUGAGCGGCAUGACGAUGGUCCAGUCCGCCAUCGCCGAAGAGCUCGAGGCUUACGAGCUUGCCACGUGGUUCACGUCGGCCUACAUGAUCGCCAUGGCCUCGUCGGCGCCGCUGGCCGGCCGCCUCGCCACCAUCUUCUCGCCGGGCUUCAUGAUCCUGGCCUCGGGCCUCUCCGUCGCCGUCGGGGGCAUCGUCACCUCCCAGGCCGGCUCCUUCGCCGUCUUCACCAUGGGACGCGUCCUGACGGGCAUCGGUGGCGGCGGCGUCAUGACGCUGUCACUUAUCCUAGUGUUGCAGCUCACGUCGCGGCGGCGGCGUGGCCUGUUUGUGGGCAUGGUCAACCUCGGCUUCACCCUCGGCGUGUCCUUUGGCGCCGUCGUCUUCGGCGCUCUCCUGCCCGUGCUGGGCUGGAGGGCCCUCUUCUGGGUGCAGGCUCCUAUCGGCAUCCUUGCCGGGGCUGGUGUCUUCCUGAGCAUCCCGGCGUUUGCCACCGCGGGCCCGGCCAAGGACAGGAGUGUCCUGCAGAAGCUCAAGUCAAUCGACUAUGCUGGCGCUGUCUUGUUGACGGCAGCCAUCGUGUUGUUCCUCUACGGCCUCUCGGGUUCGAUCCAGGUCCUCCCGAUGGUACUCUCGGUGAUCCCCUUGGUACUCUUCGUCAUUGUCGAAUACAGAGUAGCAUCCGACCCGCUCAUCCCCGUCAGCGUCCUGCAAUCCCGCGGCAUAUUAUUCUCGUGCCUGGCCCAACUGGGUUUCAUGGCCGCUCGCUGGACCGUCCUCUACUACGCCCCCAUCUUCGUCCUCGCGGUAAGGGGUCUGUCCCCCACCGUGGCCGGCUCGGUCCUCAUCCCGACAAAUCUGGGCUUUGGCCUCGGGGGCGUCAUCGUUGGCUGGCUGCACAUCCGCCGCUCGGGGGCCUUCUGGCUGCCGUGCAUGGUCUCCAUCUUCCUGUUCGGCCUGGCCCUCUUCGGCCUGUCCCUAACAAGCAACGCCGGCUCUCCGGCGUGGCUGUACGUGCUGCUCAUCUUCUCGAAUGGCUUCUGCAGCGGCGCGGCACUGAACUAUACGCUGGCCCACCUCCUCCACCUCGCCACCCCGGAAACGCACUUCAUUGCCACAAGCCUGCUGGCAACCUUCAGGGGCUUCGCCGGCAGCUUCGGCACGGCCAUCGGGGGCGGCAUCUUCACGCGGAGCUUAAGGACCAACCUGACAGCCGGCUUCGAGGCGCUCGACGGCACGACCGACCUGUCCCCCGGGAGAGUGGCCCUGAUCAGGAGGCUCCUCGGGAGCCCAAACUUUGUCUUCAACGGCUACCUGAGCGCCGCGGAGAGGGAGGUGGCGGUCAAGGGAUACGAGACCGCAUUCAGCGUUAUGUACACAUCCGCUGCUGCCUUGGUGGUCCUGGUACUGCUGGUGCAGGCCGGCACGGGCUGGACGGCUCCGGCGAACCAGGAGGCCGAGGAGGAGAUACAGGAGGAGAUCGCGGAGCACGACGGGCGCAUGGAGGCUUAG